CAUCACAACCUGUCUUUUAUCUCAGGAAUUCGCCCUUCUUCCGGUUCAUCACAUAUCAAUUUACAUAUUCUCCGCACGCUCAUCAAGUAUCCAUUCACUCAUUGAUUAACGCAUCCGUUCAUCGCUUAACACAUCCAUUCAUCGAUUGACUCGUCCAUUUGCGUACGCCCAAUCAAUCCGUAACGAUGGAGCAUUCAGAUUUCCGCGCAUUAGAAGGGAACAUCAUGGCCGCCCCCGCCGUCAGGAAAUCCGUCCAGUCCGCAGAUAACACUUCCAUCGAUUACUGGGAAUACAGAUCCCGGGGCUCCAUCCCUAGCAAAGCCCCAAAGCCAGGUCUUUUAAUCCUUCACGAUGGUUUCGAUUCAAGCAGCACGUAUAAGGACAUGGCAUUAGCACUAUGGACAUCUUUCGACGUCUACGUCCCAGAUCGACGUGGACGAGGCUACAGCGGUCCUUAUCGCCCCAACUCCAACUUGCAGACCGAAAUCAACGACCUCAAAGCACUUCUUGGCAAAACGGGAGCACAAAAUAUACUUGGUGUGGGCAGCGGCGCUGUGAUUGCACUACACGCUGCUCUUCAAGUCGCUGCGACCACCAAUUUUUUGAUCAGGAAAAUAGCCGCUUUUGAACCAGCGACCAUACCAGGAGGUGUUGAGGAAUUUAGAGAGCAACGCGAUAUACUUGAGCAGCAAGUAGACGGCUCGAAUGUGACCGACCCUAGAGCUUUGGAGACGGCAAUGAAUAUCACUCAGACAGGGAGCCUGAAGCAACAGGAGCGAAGGAGUAUUGUGCCAAGAUGGCUGUCUAAACGAUGGUCAGAUUGGCGCUCUAAACAAUGGGCGGAGGAUACCUUACAAAAAGACGAGAGCCGAAAAGGUACAACAUACUCUCUAGGGAGGUUGUUAGGGCCGCUGAAGGGUGAAAUUCGUUCCUGGGAAGAGAUUAGCAGGAGGUUCGAGGCAUUGUUCAGAUUGAAUCAGCUGAACGUCGAGAUUUUUCUCAGGGUGGUAGUGAGAGUCCCAAUCACUUCAAGGAAAAUAUAAGAGACUUCAGGAAGCUGCUUGCGAGAGCAAGGUAUACGCAGUUCGGAGGGAUGGACCAUUUGGGCUUGUCCAAUACUGCCGAUGGAGGGGAUCCAGAGAGGGUGGCUAUUCAUCUCAGGAAAUUCUUCCUUGAUAUACCCGAAGAACCAGUAGGAUAGGCGGCAUACGUGGCGUAGACUUUGUGGCAGAAUGGGCGGUGUGAAGCCCUGUGUUUCCAGAACUC